UUCCCCUGAAGGAAGGAAAUGAGUGAGCAGCUUCUUUAGUUGGUACUUCACUGCACAAACAGUGGUCCAGUUAAUCAGCAUGACAGCAGUAGUUUACCUCCAAAACAAAAACUGGUCCUUGGGUUUUGGCACACUAAGUCUGCUAAUGAUGUGUGCAAUUAUCAUCUUUUUUGUUGGAACAAGAGUUUAUGUUUAUGUUCCAGCAGAGGGGAGCAUAUUUUCUAGUAUUGCACAAGUGUUUGUUGCAGCUUAUAAGAAGCAUCACCACCAAAAUCCAUCAAAAGAAGAGGAAAGUGCUUACUAUGAUCCCCCACUUGAAGAUGAUGAAACACUCAAGAUGCCUCUAACCAAACAACUCAGGUGCUUAAACAAAGCUGCUCUGAUCCAAGACACUGAAGUUGAUGCACAAGGUCAGGUAACAAACUCAUGGAGACUUUGCAGCAUUCAACAAGUUGAGGAAGUCAAAUGUUUGAUUAAAAUGCUGCCAAUUUGGGCUUCUGGUAUCGUCUGUUUGAUACCCAAUGCACAACAAAGCACAUUUCCCAUAUCUCAGGCCAUGAAAAUGGAUAGGCACCUUGGACCCCACUUUGAAAUUCCUGCUGCAUCAUUUGGUGUAGCAUCCUUAAUCACCAUUGGUAUAUGGCUCCCAUGCUAUGAACUCUUUGUGCAACCAGCUCUAGCAAAAAUCACCAAACAUGAGGAAGGGCUCACAAGCCUUCAAAAGAUAAUAGUUGGUAACAUUUUUUCAAUUUUUACAAUGGUAACUGCUGGCUUGGUGGAGGGGAAAAGAAGGGGUGUGGCUAUGUCACAUGGAAUUGCACUUGAUGGAACUACCUCCAUUUCUGCCAUGUGGCUAGUGCCACAAUAUGUCCUACUAGGAUUUUGUGAAGUGUUUACCAUUGUUGGACACAUUCAGUUCUACAAUAGUGAAUCACCAGAGAAAAUGAAAAGUAUUGGUAAUUCAUUGCAAUUUCUUGUGUUGGCUUUCUCAAAUUACAUUGGCACCUUGGUGGUGGACAUUGUGCACAAAGUGACGCAAAAACUAGGUAGAACAGAUUGGCUGAACGAUGACAUCAAUGCUGGUAGAUUGGAUUAUUAUUACCACCUCAUUGCAGGGUUAGGUGCUCUCAAUCUUGUCUACCUCAUGUUUUGUGUCAAACGCUAUAGCUACAAGUUCAAUGUGAAGGUAAAAGUAGUAGACACAGCUUGA